AUGAAGCUGCUGUCAAGAAAAGCAACCUGCAACUCUCACGGCCAAGACUCUUUGUACUUCCUGGGAUGGCAAGAAUACGAGAAGAGCCCUUACCACGAGCUUCGUAAUCCCACGGGCAUUAUUCAAAUGGGUCUCGCAGAAAAUCAGGUGUCCUUUGAUCUUCUGGAGUCGUGGCUGGCGGAGAACCCAGACGCAGCCUGCUUCAAGAAAGACGGCCAAUCCAUUUUCAGAGACCUCGCUCUCUUCCAGGAUUAUCAUGGCCUCCCUGCCUUCAAGAAUGCAUUGGUGGAGUUCAUGUCAAAACAAAGGGGAAACAGAGUAACCUUUGAUCCCAAAAAUCUGGUCCUCACUGCCGGCGCAACUUCCGCCAGCGAGACACUCAUUUUCUGCCUCGCCGAGCCCGGCGAGGCUUUCCUCCUGCCGACCCCCUACUACCCUGGAUUUGAUAGAGAUCUCAAGUGGAGAACUGGCGCAGAGAUUGUACCAAUAAACUGUUGUAGCUCAAACGGGUUCAAAAUUACCGAAACGGGUCUGGAAGAGGCCUACCAACGAGCCCAUAAACGAAACUUAAAAGUGAAGGGCGUGAUGGUCACGAACCCGUCAAACCCGCUGGGCACGACCCUGACCCGGGAAGAGGUCGACCUCCUCCUCCGCUUUACCGUCGCUAAAUCCCUCCACCUGAUCAGCGACGAAAUCUAUUCUGGCACCGUCUUUGCCUCGCCGGGCUUCGUGAGCGUCAUGGAGGCCGUCUCCGACCGAAAAUACAAGGACACGGAAGCCUGGAACCGCGUUCACAUUAUUUACAGCCUGUCCAAGGAUCUGGGUCUCCCCGGAUUUCGCGUCGGUGCAAUUUACUCCAACGACGAGACAGUCGUCGCCGCCGCGACCAAAAUGUCGAGCUUCGGACUCGUUUCUUCCCAAACACAGUACCUCCUCUCCGCCAUCCUCUCCGACGAGAAAUUCACCGACCAUUACAUUUCCGAGAACCAGCGCCGCCUCAAGCGGCAGCGGGAACUGCUCAUAUCGGGUCUCCUGAAGGCUGGUGUGGAGUGCCUCCCAAGCAACGCCGGGCUGUUCUGCUGGAUGGACCUCCGGCAUCUGUUGAGCUCCGACACGUUCGAGGCGGAAAUAGAGCUUUGGAAAAAGAUACUGUUCGACGUUCGGUUGAACAUCUCGCCUGGGUCUUCCUGCCACUGCUCCGAACCCGGUUGGUUCCGGGUCUGCUUCGCGAACAUGUCGGAAGAAACCCUCCACCUGUCGAUGCAGAGAAUGAAAGCUUUCGUCGACGGAAAAGGCGGCGGUCGCCGGAGGAAGCAGUCUAGUACGAGAAGCCUAAGUAGAAAGUCCCUCAGUAAGUGGGUCAUCCGGCUGUCGUUCUCCGACAGGGAGCCGCCGGAAGAGCGUUAGGCGCAGUAAUACUAGUGUGAACAUUGUCCAUUACUGUUGAUGACACAUCUGAUCGAGAUAAAUCUUUUUUUUUUUUUUUUUUUCGAUGGCCCUCGUUUUGAAAGGGUCAUUGGAGCCACUUUUCCCCCCAACAGGUGUUUUUGGUUGGGACGUUUGAGUCCCAACAUUUUUCUUUUUUUAGGUGUAGAAAUUAAAGUGCACUCGAUCUAUCCGGACGUGGUGGAUUUGAAGUGGCUUCAUUCUGUGUUUCCUGUAAAAGUUGGGUUUUUGAUUUCUCUGUUGAAAUCA